AUGCCUUCUCAAGGUCCACCUUCUUUCAGCGCACCUACCCAACCGUUCGCCAUGCGGAAUAACAAUCGUUCAGUCUCGGAUCCUCAGGCUGAGUCCUCCAACAAGCAAAAGCCCGUUCUCAAGCCUGCCAUUCACCGGGAAAAUGGCCGAUCUGCUUCCCCUGAGCUUGGCUGUGUCAAGCAUUUAACGUGCUACUAUUGGAAAACUCACGGCAGAUGCACCAAAUCAGACCAACACUGUGCAUAUUCACACCGCGACACUGGCCACUACGCCGACAAACCUCAGAUCGUCAACAGAGGCGAAAAGGCCAAAGCUGGAAAAAACCUUCGCAAAGCAGAGAAGAACAAGCAAGCAAAUCCCAUUCCGAUUCCAGGCAGGUCUUCCAGAGAGGUAUCCGGCGAGUCUAUGCCAUCUACUUCUCAGGAGACCACUAGCCCUCCUCGUCUCUUCAGUGUCAACGUCGCUCCCAGCCCUGAGCGUCGCAUUACAAAUCCAUCUUCUGUUGCAAAUGGAAAUGAAUCGCAGGACAGAGCCCAAGUCAAAACACGAGGAAAACUCGAAGAGCUUGACGCCCAGUUACGUGUGGCACUGUGGAAAAUCGAUAUGCUGCAGGCUGGUCAAGAUGCAUUGCAAGCUGCUAAAGAUAUACUACAGACCGAGAACUCCGAUCUCAAAGCCGCCUUGCGUUCCCCCGAUGCGCGCAAUUCAUGGCAUAAGGGAUCCGAAUUUUUGGGUUAUCCACCCAUCAGCAAUUCGUUUGGUGUCAUUGGGGGUCCUGUCCUGAAAGGUCCAAGUCCUCCGACUCCCACUCGACCAAACGUCUUCAGCACUCAGGUCUAUAACGACGAUGGCGUCGCCCUGCUCCCCAAGAGACUUUUGGACAGUCCACGCAAUGCUCUGGACGAACUCUAUCAAGAGUGGGACCUUGCCAUCAUGGCGCAUAAGACUCGCUAG